UUUAGAGCAGAACACCUAGUGAUCAUGGAGCCAAGAGCAUUGUAUCUACUCAUUCUCUGCUGUUUUCUCAAUGUCUGUAAUCCUCAUCCACUCAUCCAUCCCAGUAAUGGACUUCGUGAGUGUCGUAUAAACUCAACUUUAACAGCAUUAGAGGUGCUCCCAGGUGGAGGUUGGGACAACUUGCGAAACAUAGACAUGGGCAGAGUGAUGAACUUGAGCUAUUCCCAGUGCCAAACAACUGAGGAUGGUCUUUAUUUUAUACCAGAUGAAGUCUUUGUCAUUCCACAGAAAAAGAGCGGAGUGGAAACCAACUCUGAAAUAAUUUCCUCAUGGCUGGAUUACAAAAGCUCUACUUCAAGCUCCAUUAAUGCAGAUGCAUCCUUCAAUUCUGUGGUCAAUGGAAAAUUCUCAGAAGAAAACCAACGUGUGAAAACACACCAAGUCAAAGAGAAUUCUGCAACAUCACGGGUUCAAGUACGUAACCAUCUGUACACAGUAAAUGCAUUUCCUGAUUUUACCCUGGACUCACGGUUUGCUCACCAAGCAGAGGAAAUCGCAGACGCUAUUGAAAACAACCAAACCCGUCAAGCUACUUAUCUGUCAGAGAAACUCAUACUUGAUUAUGGUACUCAUGUCAUCACAAGUGUUGAUGCAGGGGCUACUUUGGUGCAAGAGGACUAUUUAAAAAAUUCUUAUGUCUCUAGCAGUCUUACAGACACUUCUUCUAUCUCUUUAUCAGCAGGCGUAAACUUUUUAAGCAAAGUUGCAUUUGAUUUUGGUAGCAAGGAAUCUCAGCAAACUUCCGAAACCCUCAAUUACCAGCAAAACAUUACAUAUUCUCUAAUUCAGAGCCAUGGUGGGGCUUUAUUCUACCAAGGCAUCACUCUGCAGAAGUGGCAAGAGAGCACACUCAAUAAUCUGGUGGCUAUUGACCGAUCUGGUCUGCCACUACACUAUUUCCUUAAUCCAUCCACAUUUCCUGAUCUUCCAAUACCAACAGUAUAUAAACUAGCUAUAUUAGUCCAAAAGGCUGUAGAGCGUUACUACAAAAUAAAUACCAUUCCAGGGUGUAUAGAUUCAGACUCAAAAAAUUUCAACUUUCAGGCCAAUGUGGAUGAUGCAUCCUGUAAGGGCCCAGUCACUAAUCUGAGUUUUGGUGGCAUUUACCAAACAUGCACUCCAUUGACUUCAGAUGGAAAUGUCAUUUGUGAUGAGCUAGCACAAAAAAAUCCAACCACUGGGGAAUUUUCAUGUCUUCCACCAUACACUGCCACCCCAUUACACUCUGAGACAGUAGAACGUGGUUACAAUAAAUAUGAGUGCCACAAGAGUUGUCACUCAUGCUGGGUCUUUUUUGAUUGUUGUGACAAUGUAUGUGGAAAUACUUACUAUGUCCGUCGUGCAAAUAUUGACACCUACUGGUGUUCUAUAAAUCAGACCACACCUGAAUAUUCUGGAUACCUCUUUGGAGGUCUUUUUGGACCAUCUUUACAAAACCCAUUUACAAAAUCACACGGUUGUCCUCCAAAUUACUUUGCACAAUCUUUUUUGUCCAAUGGCAUGAUGGUUUGCCUGAGCAAUGACUAUGAGGAAGGAACAAGAUCUUCUGUGCCAUUUGGGGGUUUCUUUAGCUGCCAGUCUGGCAACCCUCUUGCAAAUGGACAGUACCGCUGUCCACCUCAAUUCAGCCAGCAUCUUGCUGCCAUUAGUGAUGGCUGUCAGGUAUUGUACUGUGUCCAAUCAGGUGUAUUCACUGGUGGUCAGUUAAAACCUAUUAAUCUUCCACCAUUCACAAGACCAUCUCUAUUCAACAUGAUAGCGACAAACACUGUAGCUGUAAUGACAGAAGGUGAUCAGGCCUGGGUACGAAUGGGAGAAACUAAGAUGUGGCGACUGGCAAAACCUGGUGAGGUUAUUCAAAUGGUCAGAAUGUUUGAUACCUCUUCUUCUCAGAUGUCUGGAGGUGAAAAGGCCGGUGUAGCCGUCGGUGUGAUCACUUCGAUUACUGUUGUGUUGGCAGGAACAAUCUUCUUAAUGAAAAGGAGAAGGAGGUUUUCUGGUUUCAGGGCAAGCAGUGGGUAUGAAGAGAUUCAUUGUGAGGGCCAACUUGAGAAUGCUUUAGCAGAGAGUCAGAGAGACCAACAGAAUGCAAAUGAAAACCCUACUCAAGCUCUACUAGCAUAAUUUGUAGUACAUAAUUAUGCUAGUAUAGUAAGAUUUAUACAAGUAAGAUUUACUCAUUCAUUUGGAAGGAUUACUCAUUCCAUUGGAAGUAAUAUCUUGGUAGUUUUGUAAUCAGUUGAACUGCAAUCAAUUACACAAUGAUUGGGAUGUGGUGAUGGGUAAUACACUGAUAUGGGUGAUGGUAUAAGGGCUAUUAUUUGAAAGUCAUAAUUAUGUACACACUUAUUAAAACAUUUACAACUUCAAUGAAUGAUGAAUAGUAUUGUUUUUGUACGUAUAUUUAGCAUGCCGUAUUCCAAUAGCAUUACUGGUAGUUCAGCGUUAAUGAGUGAGUGUUUUAUAUGCACGGCCAUCCGCCAGAAGACGGAGGAGCCCGGCCACCUUUUUUAAAACGUUUUUGUUAAUUUGGCAUGAUCCUCGUUACGGCGUGUAGGUGCCGCAUUUUUUUUGUUUCCCUCCCUUUGUCCCCUCCCUCAUCCAGGUAUACAGGGAUGACCUGCUGGCAGACACGGCGUUAGGCACGCCCCUCCCCAGGGAAAGGGGAGGGGGGUGUACGUCAUGGAGGGGCUCCCCUGCCUGAGGGAAUGAGGGAGGAAUGUGACAGGGCGGAGGGCGGGGCAGGGUCAUGAUGCUACACACCAGCCCCAAUCAGGCUAAUCAAGCCUCAGUGAGCGACUGGAGACUGCAGUGGGACAGAGAGGGAGAGAUUUACGGUCAGCUGUCCGACACCUUUUUGUGGUUGUCUUUUUGGUUAAGUUCUUCAUUAAAAUAUUAUUUAGAUUGUCAAGCUGGUUCUUGCCUCCUCCUUUUCAUUAAUCCCUUUACAACAUAGUUUUUUUAAACUGUUUUUGUGAGUGUUCUCUUCUGUUCUGACUUCACAAGUCAAGUCUGGUCAGAUUGUUACAUCAUGCCCUGUUUUUGCAUUUAUGUUUUUGUGUUUGGGUUUAGCAUUGUCAUGUCUAUUGUUACAAAAGUGUCAGAAUGAACUGCAAAUUAUAACAUUUUACAAUGACAUCCUGUUUUUGUUACUUCUUGACAUUCUAUUAAAAAUUUUUGUAUGCUUUUCUCAAUACCAAUUAUAUAUUUGUAAAAUUCUUCAUACUAUUAACACAACAUCAGUGUCUGUGAAUUGAA